AUGCUUGCGCUCCAACGUCCAAAUAUGGGUUCGUCGAAGCCACCCGACCUCGAUAUGCCGUUUGGCUAUGCCUUUGAUUCCAAUUCCAUAUUCCCUUUUCCGUCACCCACAGCUCCAGCACCGGGUCCUCCAUUACUCGACGAUAGCGAAUCCAACCUUCUCGACAGCUUCUUCGAUGGUGUAAGCUCCGAUCAUUUUAAUUACGACUUUUUCCCCAAUACACAUGAUGGAGGGGAACUUGGUGGAGGCUGGGAGGAACUUCCUCCAACAUUUAUGGGAACGAGGGUGACAUUUGAUCAACAACCUCAACUUUCGAAUGAAAUGUCCACCAAUUUUAGUGACAGGAAUAUCGGAAUGCACCCCCCGCUAUCUCAAGCCCCUCUACCUCCUUCAACGACGUCUGCCGAUGUUUUGGCAGCUGCUACCGUAUUACAAAAUGGUUCAAAUGCGCGAUCGCAUAGUCUGCAUAGUCUGCAUAGUGAAACAUUAUUUGGAAAUCACGGUUUGCAAUCGCACUCGUCACAUCAUCAUAUCAGACCACAAUCCAUGUCACAUUAUCCUACCCCAAUAUCGGGACUCGAUAGGCCACGCGAUGGAUUUAUGCGCGAUACCUUAUUUACAGAAAUGAUGUUUGGUCCCAAUCAUGCCGGUCCGGAUUUGAUGCGAAGACCUAAACCAGUUCCUCAAAAGGUUGAUAUAAGAUGGGGCUCGGAUGCAGGAUUCGGAUCUCCACAAGGAUUUAUUCCACCAUCGAAUACGCCCAAGAUUGAGGAGGUGGAAAGCAAAAGAUUACAAGCGUUGGAUGAAUUUAUUGGGGCAGCCUUGGGGGCGGAGAGCAGUGCCGAGACCACGAGACCAAGUAGUCCGGCGAUGCAAAGAACUUUACCAACACGACGUCGCCAAAGUUCAGGGAUUGUUAAAGAAGAAGAUGUGGAACCACCAAAGAAACGACGGAAAAGUAAAUUCACUCUUACGGAAGAUGGAGGAGAAGAUGAGGAGGAAUCACAACCUAUAGUCGACGGGAGAAAAAAGAGGAAAUCCAUCGUGAAAGGUAGUGGUAAUUCACCCGGACCAUCCGAGGCAGGUCAUAAACGGCGGAAAUCCACCUCGGCUGCUGCAAAACCUACGAGGGAGAACCUGACGGAAGAUCAAAAGCGUGAAAAUCAUAUCAAAAGUGAACAAAAACGCAGAACCUUGAUUCGAGAAGGAUUUGAAGAUUUAGGAGAAUUGGUACCAGGACUACGAGGUGGUGGGUUUAGCAAGAGUGCAAUCUUGGUGAUGACGGCGGAUUGGUUAGAGGAAUUAAUGCAGGGGAAUGAAGCUCUGCGGCAGAAGAUUGACGCCGCAAAAGGGAGAUGA